AUGGGAGAUAUAAAAAGAGCUGCAAAAUAUUAUGAAAUGGUAGUUAGUGAACAAUUAGCGGAUAAUGUUGAAGUUGGACGAAUGUAUGUGCUCGCCGGUGACGUACAAGUGAUGAGACAUAACUUUGAUGAAGCCUUGAAAAAUUAUGAAAUAUCACUAGAAAUUUAUUCUAUGUCUACGACUAAUGAAUGUAUUGCUGAUGUUUACCGUAAAAUUGGACAUCUGAAACAUUUGCAGCUUGAUUAUGAAUCAACAGUUUUUUAUUGUAAUAAGGCUCUAAAGAAUUACAUGUUACAGCCACAAUCUGACACGAGCAAUAGUUCCAUUUGUUUAACAAUCUAUAUGUUGGGUGAUGCUUUGAGGCAUUUAAAAUAA